UUCAGGUGAAGUCGUUGCAGUGGUAAGGUUGAGAUCUACAUUAUCCUAGGACAUUUAUGGCUCACUGAACUGAGGAGACAGGCUGCUCCGAAGACCAAAUGACCUCGAACGGGGCCCGAAACGUCUCGAGUGAGCUACUUCUCUGCCAGGUAUUGCUUCUCCAUCGCAUCCGCUGCUACCUCUGGCUCUUACCGCUAUAUCCGGAAGCCAUAGCCAGCUCGCCCUCUUCCUCCUUCGACGGCUCAUACAAUCGAUAUCUGGAUCCGCGCAGAACGUUCGCGGUACAGCCUUCCGUCAGCUGUCAACAAUCGCGGAAGAUCUGGAACGGCCGAUUGGUCUCGCGCGUAGUACUUGCGACAGAGUGGACUCGUAACAAUGGCAGCGGGUGUUCGCUUCUGGGACCCAUUGAACGACGUCGGUUCCUCGAUAUACCAUGGCAGCCUGUCGUUUACCUGGAUCGAAGAUUGAUGAAGAACCCGAUAGGCAGAGCGAUGCUUACUUUUGGCCCUAGCUUCGUGGGAUGUACCACGGCCUCCGCGGUGCCUAUCCGGCCGUGAAAAAAGGCGAGACUAGGAAUGCCGUCUACCACCAGUAACCAGCCUGAGCCUUGAGGUGCAUUUCAACGUGUCCCGCAGGCUUUCUUUCGACAUGUAUUGCUGUGACUUCCGAAGGUGUGGGUCAACAUAGGUAGUAUGUGGGGAAAUGAAUGUGCGAUUCUUGGGAAGCAUGUUGCUUGAUGUAUGCGCAGAACCUGCGCCGAUGGGACUAGUCGCGCCGCAUUACUGGGAGCCCCCUGUGUCUCCGCCGACAUGCCUACCACGACACCCUGCAGGGGGUCUACGGA